AUGAAGCAGCUUCUACUUUCCUUAGCUGAAAUGCUCUAUCCACAAUUAACCCAAUGUAGGAAGACAUGCCCAGCUGAGACAUCAACUGAGUCGAAGUCGGAGGAAGGUACUGGAAGAAGUGCGGUUGAAGCAGUCACAGAAGAGGGUAUUGAAAUAAGUACGAUGAUGCAGCUUUUACUCUUCUUAGCUGACAUGCUCUAUCCACAAUUAUCGCAAUGGGUGAAGACAUGCAUAGCUAAGACUCCGUGUGAGUUGAAAGCGGAGGAAGCUAGUGGAACAAGUGUGGUUCAAGAAGCUGAAGUGGGUGGAUUUGAAACUCGAGCGAUCAGGCAGAUUUUGUUCCUCAUCGCUGAGAUGCUCUAUUCACAAUUAACCCAAUGUGGGAAGACAUGCCCAUCCAGGAAUCCAUGUGAGUUUAAAGCAGAAGUCUGUGGAAGCAGUUUGCUUGAAGAAGUCGAAGUGGAGGCUGGAAAAAUAGGAAAGAUUAGGCAAAUUCUACCCUUUUACACUGAGAUGUUCUAUCCAAAAAUAACCAACUGUGUAACGACUUGCGUAGCCCAGAUACCAUGCUUGUUGAAGGUAAGGAAAUUCAUAGGAGGAAACGCCGUAAAAGAAGUAGAAUUAGAGGAGUCUGAAGUUUGGAAGAUACAAAAAGUUCUACUCUUCUUCGCUAAGAUGCUUUGCCCAAAACUGUGCCAGAAUGUUGAGACAUGUUUUUGUGAGACGCCGUAUGUGCUAAAAGUAAAGAAAUUCAUUGGAAGAAUGGUUAAAGAACUCAAUUUGCAGGAAUGUGAAGUACAAAAGAUGAAGAAGGUUCUAAUAUUCUUUGCUGACCUUCUCUUUCCACAAUUGGCCCACUGUCUAAAAGCAUGUGCUGCUGAGACCCCGUGUGCUUUGAAGGUGGAAAUCAUUGGAGGCAAUGUGGUAGAAGAAUUCGAAUUAUAG